AUGCCCAACCCCGUUCCUAUGGCUUCUGCGUUAGAAGUGGCCCAUUGUAUCCGUUGCCUCGCGGCGGACAUUGUCCAGGGGGCAAAUUCCGGUCACCCGGGUACGCCUAUGGGAAUGGCACCCGUCGCGACAGUGUUGUGGACGGAGGUGAUGAAGUACCUCGGUUCGGACCCUGACUGGGCGGAUCGCGACCGCUUCGUCCUCUCCAAUGGCCACGGUUGCGCCCUGCUCUACUCCCUGCUACACAUGUCCGGCUACGCGCUCAGCCUUGAGGAGCUGAAGCGGUUUCGUCAGCUUGGUUCGCUGACGCCUGGGCACCCGGAGCGUGGGUUGACGCCCGGUGUGGAGGUGACGACGGGGCCGCUCGGGCAGGGCGUCGCAAACGCUGUCGGACUCGCCAUCGCUGAGGCGAACCUUGCCGCGACGUUUAACCGUCCUGGGCUCGACAUCGUCAACCACUGGACAUACGUCUUCUGUGGUGAUGGUUGCCUGAUGGAGGGUGCCUGCAUGGAGGCGCUUUCCCUGGCUGGGCACCUGUGCCUGGAGAAGCUGGUCGUGGUUUACGACAGCAACCAAAUCACCAUUGACGGCUCCACUAAGCUCACUUUCACGGAAAAUGUUCGGCUAAAGCAGGAAGCCUUGAAUUUCCAUGUGAUAAAGGUGGAGGAUGCUGACAAUGACUUUGAGGCACUUCGAAAUGCCUUUAUUGAGGCCAAGACAGUACAAGGAAAGCCCAAAUUUAUACUCAUUAACACGACAAUUGGUUACGGCUCGAAGGCGCAGGGCACAGCAAAGGUACACGGCGCGCCUCUUGGCGAUGAGGACAUUGCUGUACUGAAGACCAAAUUUGGGCGAGACCCAAACAAAAAGUAUCACAUCGAUGAUGCUGUGUACGAGGUAUUCCGCAAGCAUAUGCGCCAGUGCGAACAAGCCCAUCGGGAGUGGAAUGAGAAGAUGGAGAAGUAUUCCAAGCGAUACCCCAACGAGGCCGCCGCAUUCAAGGCACAACUUAAAGGGGAGUUGCCAACCGGGUGGGAGGAAAAGCUCCCGCUAAACGAUAAGCCGGUGGCAACGCGUAAGGCGAGCGAGAACUGCCUGGCGGCUCUGCUGCCGGUGGUGCCCUCCAUCAUUGGUGGCUCCGCUGACUUAACACCGAGCAACUUGACGCGCCCUUCGUCGGCUGGAAUGACCGAUUUCACCGCUUCCACGCCCGAGGGGCGGUAUAUUCGUUUCGGGGUACGGGAGCACGCGAUGUUGGCGAUUCUGAACGGGAUCGACGCCCACGGUGGGCUCUUGCCGUACACGGGCACCUUCCUCACCUUCUUCGGCUACGCCCUCGGGGCGGUGCGGCUGGCGGCGCUCGGCCACCACCACGUCAUCUACGUCGCGACGCACGACAGCAUCGGCCUCGGCGAGGACGGGCCGACGCAUCAGCCGGUCGAGGUCGUGGCGAUGAUGCGUGCGAUCCCGAAUCUGCUCGUGUUUCGACCGGCUGACCAGACGGAGACGAGCGGUGCCUGGGCGGCGGCGAUCCGCACCCCGCGGCGCCCUUCUAUGCUCUGCCUGAGCCGGCAAAACACCACGCCGCAGGCGGCGUCCUCCAUCGCGGGCGUCGCGAAGGGGGCGUACGUGGUGCGUGAGGUCGAUGAUCCGCAGCUGUUGAUCAUCUCCAGCGGGGCGGAGGUUGGCAUCGCAAUGGAGGCCGCCACGCUGCUGUCGGGCCUAAGGGUGCGGGUGGUGUCGAUGCCCUGCCAGGAGCUCUUCGACGAGCAGCCGCUGGAGUACCGGGAUUCCAUUAUCCCGAGGGGUAUUCCCGUUGUCUCCGUGGAGCCCUACGUCUCCUUUGGCUGGGAUAAGUAUUCCCACGUGCACGUGGGGAUGAGCGGCUUCGGGGCCUCCGCCCCGAGCGAGAAGCUCUUCAAGCACUUUGAUUUGACACCUGAAAGGGUCGCUGAGGUCGGCCGCAAAUUGAUUGAGCGCUUCCCAAGCGGAACAGCCCCCCUCAAGGCAUGUCGUCUGUAA